CUCGGCCUGGACCGCUGUGGGACCCGUAGAUCGUAGAAGCUAGGCGGUGCGUGCACUCGCUAAGUGACCCGGAAGGGAGCUGCUGAGGAGGCGGGACCUGGACGGCAGGUCCCAGCUAAGACGGGUCCGGACGGUGGGAGGAGAUCAGGAUGAUAGGGGAACGGCGUGCUAGGGGCCUUAUGGUGCCCUUGGGGCCCCAGCUGCAGGCAUAUCCUGAAGAACUUAUUCGACAGCGGCCUGGACAUGAUGGACACCCUGAAUACCUGGUCCGAUGGAGUGUCCUGAAGUGUGGAGAAGUGAGCAAAGUGGGUGUAGAGGAAGGCAAAGCAGAGCACAUUCUCAUGUGGCUGUCAGCCCCAGAGGUCUAUGCUAACUGCCCCAUGCUAUUAGGUGAGCGAGCACUAUCUAAGGGACCUCAGCAUGAACCAUCUGGGGGUUCAGGAAGCUUUCCCAGAGACCCAGGAGGCCUGGACGAUGUGGCAAUGGGAGAGAUGGAGGCUGAUGUGCGGGCGCUGGUACGCAGGGCUGCCAGGCAGCUGGCAGAAGGUGGGACCUCAAGCCUUACAGCUGCUGUGCUCCACACCAUCCAUGUGCUCAGUGCAUAUGCCAGCAUCGGGCCUCUCACUGGGGUCUUCAGGGAAACAGGAGCCCUAGACCUGCUCAUGCACAUGCUGUGCAAUCCUGAGCCUCAAAUUCGUCGGAGUGCGGGCAAGAUGCUGCAGGCUCUGGCAGCCCACGAUGCUGGGAGUCGGGCUCACGUCCUUCUGUCACUGAGCCAGCAAGAUGGCAUCGAGCAGCACAUGGAUUUUGACAGCCGAUAUACUUUGCUGGAGCUGUUUGCAGAGACCACAUCCUCUGAAGAGCACUGCAUGGCCUUUGAAGGCAUUCAUCUGCCUCAGAUCCCAGGAAAGCUGCUCUUCUCCUUGGUGAAGCGCUAUCUAUGUGUUACUUCCUUGCUGGAUCAACUAAAUAACAGUCCAGAGCCAGGAGCUGGAGACCAAAGUUCCCCAAGCACCAUGAGGGAGAAAAACCGGGGACAAAGGGAGCUGGAGUUCAGCAUGGCUGUGGGCAACCUCAUUUCAGAACUGGUGCGGAGCAUGGGCUGGGCCCGGAACAUCAGUGAACAGGGCACGUUACCACCCAGGCCACCUCGGUCCAUCUUUCAACCCUGCAUUUCAGGACCACCCCUUUUACUCCCCACCAUUGUCACCAUCCCCAGAAGGCAAGGGUGGGCCUUUCGCCAGCGCUCCGAAUUCUCUAGCCGUAGUGGCUAUGGCGAGUACGUGCAGCAGACACUGCAGCCAGGGAUGCGAGUGCGGAUGCUGGAUGAUUACGAGGAGAUCAGUGCUGGGGAUGAAGGUGAAUUCCGGCAGAGCAACAGUGGUGUGCCCCCUGUGCAGGUCUUCUGGCAGUCGACAGGCCGCACCUACUGGGUGCACUGGCACAUGCUGGAGAUAUUGGGCGCUGAGGAAGCUACUGGGGAUUCAGCUUCGGCAGCUGUGGAGAAGGGGGCAGGGGCUACUGUAUUGGGCACAGCAUUUCCUUCCUGGGACUGGAAGCCUGUGGAUGGCCUCUACUGCUUGCCGUACCUCCAGACUGAGCCUCAGAAGAAUGAGGAAUUGGGAUACCUGACCCAAGCUGAGUGGUGGGAAUUGCUUUUCUUCAUCAAAAAGUUGGACAUAUGUGAACAGCAGCCAAUUUUCCAGAAUCUUCAGGAGAAACUAGAUGAGACCCUGGGUGAAAAGUCUCUAGGUGAGAUCUCUGUGCCUGUGGAGAUGGCUGAGGGUCUUCUGCAGGUUCUCAGUAAUCGGUUUGAGGGCAGCACCCUCCGUGACUUGCUCAACUCCCAAAUCUAUACCAAAUAUGGACUGCUACCUGAUGAACUAAGCAGCUUAUCUUCACGAAGUCACUGCUGUACCUCAGAUCCAGAAGGGGAAUCCAAGUCAGAGGCCAGCUUCUCAGAGGAAGAGACUGAAUCCCCUAAAGCAAAGACUGAGCCCCCUAAGGCAGAGUCACAGCCUGCCAAGGCAAAGACUGAGCCUCCCAUGGCCCAGAGUGAUUCACAGCUGUUUAACCAGCUUCUGGUGACUGAGGGGAUGGUUCUGUCCCCUGAGAUGAAGGAGGCAGCCAGUGAAAUGGCUAGAGCCUUGCGGGGUCCUGGUCCGCGCAGCUCCCUGGAUCAGCAUGUAGCAGCAGUCGUGGCCACUGUGCAGAUAUCCAGCUUGGACACAAACCUACAGCUUUCAGGGCUCUCUGCCCUCUCUCAGGCUUUGGAAGAGGUCACAGAGCGGGACCACCCUCUGGUCCGUCCUGACAGAUCAUUGAGAGAGAAGCUAGUGAAGACGCUGGUGGAGUUGCUGACCAAUCAGGUGGGAGAGAAGAUGGUGGUGGUGCUGGCUCUCCGCCUCCUUUACCUGCUCAUGACCAAGCAUGAGUGGCGCCCACUCUUUGCCAGAGAGGGUGGCAUCUACGCUGUGCUGGUUUGCAUGCAAGAAUAUAAGACUUCUGUCUUGGUACAACAGGCAGGGCUGGCGGUGCUGAAGAUGCUGGCUGUUUCUAGCGCCUCAGAGAUCCCCACUUUUGUUGCUGGUCGAGAUUCCAUUCAGCCUUUGUUUGAUGCCCAGAUGACCAGAGAGAUCUUUGCCAGCAUUGAUUCAGCCACACGCCCAGGCUCUGAGAGCCUACUGCUUACUGUCCCUGCAGCUGUGAUCCUGAUGCUGAACACUGAGGGGUGUUCCUCUGCAGUGAGAAAUGGCCUGCUUCUGCUCAACAUGCUUUUGUGUAACCACCACACUCUGGGGGACCAGAUCAUAACCCGAGAGCUGAGAGACACCUUGUUCAGGCAUUCAGGGGUAGCACCAGGAGUAGAACCCAUGCCUACCACACGCACCAUCCUCAUGAUGCUUCUCAAUCGCUACUCUGAGCCACCGGGUAGUCCUGAGUAUACAGCAUUGGAAACCCCCAGUGCCCAAGGCCAGGAUGGGUCCCCUGAGCUAUUGAUUCGAUCCCUAGUGGGGGGCCCAUCUGCAGAACUACUCCUGGACUUGGAGCAUAUGUUGUGCCAUGAGGGCAGCCCAGGGGGCACUGUGAGGCCCCUCCUCAAGCGCCUUCAGCAGGAGACCCAGCCCUUCCUCCUGUUGCUGCGAACUCUGGAUGCCCCUGGGCCCAACAAGACUGUGCUCCUGACAGUGCUGAGGGUCAUGACCCGCCUGUUGGAUUACCCUGAAGCAAUGGCCCUCCCCUGGCAUGAGGUCUUGGAGCCCUGCCUCAACUGCCUGAGUGGACCCAGCAGUGACUCUGAGAUUGUUCAGGAACUAACCUGCUUCCUGCAUCGCCUGGCUUCAAUGCAUAAGGACUAUGCUGUAGUUCUCUGCUGCCUGGGAGCAAAAGAGGCCCUCUCCAAAGCUCUAGACAAGCACUCAGCUCAACUGCUGUUGGCCUCUGAGCUGCGGGACCUGGUGACAGAGUGUGAGAAGUACGCCCAGCUCUAUAGCAACCUCACCUCCAGCAUCUUGGCUGGCUGCAUUCAGAUGGUGUUGGGUCAAAUUGAAGACCACAGACGAACCCACCAACCCAUCAAUAUUCCCUUCUUUGAUGUGUUCCUCAGGCAUCUCUGCCAGGGUGUGGCUUCUACCCCUUACCACUGGCCCCCAGGCUCCAGUGUGGAAGUGAAGGAAGACAAGUGCUGGGAGAAGGUGGAGGUGUCUUCCAACCCACACCGGGCCAAUAAGCUGAUGGACCGUAACCCCAAGACCUACUGGGAGUCCAAUGGCAGCACUGGCUCCCACUACAUCACUUUGCAUAUGCACCGUGGCGUUCUUAUUAGGCAGCUGACUUUGCUGGUGGCCAGUGAGGACUCAAGUUACAUGCCAGCCAGGGUGGUGGUAUUUGGGGGUGACAGUACCAGUUGCAUCAGCACCGAGCUCAAUAUGGUAAAUGUGAUGCCCUCUGCCAGCCGGGUAACCCUCCUAGAGAAUCUGAACCGCUUCUGGCCCAUCAUCCAGAUCCGUAUAAAGCGCUGCCAGCAGGGUGGCAUCGACACCCGGGUUCGGGGUGUGGAGGUCCUGGGCCCUAAGCCCACUUUCUGGCCACUGUUCCGGGAGCAGCUGUGUCGCCGUACAUGUCUCUUCUACACAAUUCGGGCACAAGCCUGGAGCCGGGACAUAGCAGAGGACCGCAAGCGUCUUCUCCAGCUCUGUCCCAGACUGAACAGGGUUUUGCGUCAUGAACAGAAUUUUGCUGAUCGCUUCCUCCCUGAUGAUGAGGCCGCCCAAGCACUGGGCAAGACCUGCUGGGAGGCCCUGGUCAGCCCCCUAGUGCAGAACAUCACCUUGCCCGAUGCAGAAGGUGUGAGCUCUCUGGGAUGGCUGCUGGAUCAGUACUUAGAGCAGAGAGAGAACUCUCAAAUCCCCAUGAGUCGAGCAGCAUCAUUUGCAUCUCGAGUUCGUCGCCUUUGCCACUUGCUGGUGCAUGCGGAGCCUCCUCCUGGACCUUCUCCUGAACCAUUGACACGGCCCUUCAGCAAAAACAGCAAAGUUCGGGAUCGGAGCCCUGUGCCCUCACCAGUUCUUCCAAGCAGCAGCCUGAGGAACAUAACCCAGUGCUGGUUGAGUGUGGUGCAGGAGCAGGUCAGCAGAUUCUUGGCUGCAGCCUGGAGGGCCCCAGACUUUGUGCCUCGUUACUGCAAACUCUAUGAGCACUUGCAGAGAGCAGGUUCCGAGCUGUUUGGGUCCCGGGCAGCCUUUACCCUGGCUCUGCGCAGCGGUUUCUCUGGUGCCCUGUUGCAGCAGUCCUUUCUCACUGCUGCUCACAUGAGUGAGCAGUUUGCUAGGCACCUUGACCAACAGAUCCAGGGUAACCUGUUUGGUGGAUCCCCUGGAGUAGAAAUGCUGGGGCAGCUUCAGCAACACCUGGAACCCAUCAUGGUCCUUUCUGGCUUGGAGCUGGCCACUACUUUUGAGCAUUUCUAUCAGCACUACAUGGCAGACCGUCUUCUGAGCUUGGGUUCCACCUGGCUGGAGGGGGCUGUGCUGGAGCAGAUUGGCCUCUGCUUUCCCAACCGCCUCCCCCAGCAGAUGUUACGGAGCCUGAGCACCUCAGAGGAGCUACAGCGCCAGUUUCACCUUUUCCAGCUCCAGCAGCUUGACAGGUUGCUCUUGGAGCAGGAAGAUGAGGAGGAACUAGAAGAAGAGGGGGAGGAAGAGGAGGAAGAAGAGGCGGGGAAAGAAAUUUUUAUGGAAGAUCCAAGUCCAACAGUUUCCAUACUGGUCCUGUCACCACGCUGCUGGCCUGUCUCCCCACUCUGCUAUCUGCACCAUCCCAGAAAGUGCCUUCCCACGGAAUUCUGUGAUGCCCUUGAUUGCUUCUCCAGUUUCUACAGCCAGAGUCAGAACCACCCAGUUCUGGACAUGGGACCACAUCGGCGACUGCAGUGGACAUGGCUGGGCAGGGCUGAGCUGCAGUUUGGUGAUCAGACCCUACAUGUGUCCACCGUGCAGAUGUGGCUGCUGUUGAAUUUCAAUCAGAUAGAGGAGGUAUCAAUAGAGACCUUGCUGAAGAAUUCUGACCUCUCUGCUGAGCUACUGCACCAGGCACUUCUGCCCCUCACCUCCGAGAAUGGCCCUUUGACCCUGAAAGAGGGUCAGGACUUUCCACACAGGGGUGUGCUGCGGCUCCGCAGACCUGGACUCCAGCCCAAUGAGGAGGUCCUGUGGCUCAUACCUCCACAGACAUACCUGAAUGUUGAGAAGGAUGAGGGCCGAACCCUGGAACAGAAGAGGAACCUCUUGAGCUGUCUUCUUAUUCGUAUUCUUAAAGCCCAUGGAGAAAAAGGCCUCCACAUUGAUCAGCUGGUUUGUUUGGUGCUGGAGGCCUGGCAGAAGGGCCCAAAUCCCCCUGGAAGCCUGGGUCGUGCUGUUGCUGGAGGUGUAGCCUGUACUAGUACAGAUGUCCUCUCUUGCAUUCUGCAUCUCCUGGGCCAGGGCUAUGUAGAACGGCGUGAUGACCGGCCCCAGAUCCUGAUGUAUGCCACACCAGAGCCCAUGGGUCCCUGCAGGGGUCAAGCAGAUGUCCCUUUCUGUGGCAACCAAAGUACCAAGGCCUCCAAGCCAAGCCCAGAAGCCAUGGUGGCUCUGGCAUCUUUACAGCUGCCAGCAGGCCGCACCAUGAGCCCCCAGGAAGUAGAAGGGUUGAUGGAGCAGACAGUGCGGCAGGUGCAGGAGACACUGAACUUAGAGCCAGAUGUGGCUCAGCACCUUUUGGCUCAUACCCACUGGGGUGCCGACCAACUGCUGCAGAAUUACAGUGAUGACCCUGAGCCACUGUUACUGGCAGCUGGACUGUGUGUACCCCCGGCCCAGACUGCCCCCACACUCCCUGAUCACUGUCCCGUCUGUGUGAGCCCCCUGGAACCCAAUGACGAUUUGCCCUCCCUUUGCUGCAAGCACUACUGCUGUAAGUCUUGUUGGAAUGAGUAUCUGACAACUCGGAUCGAGCAGAACCUUGUGCUGAACUGCACCUGCCCCAUUGCUGACUGUCCCGCCCAGCCCACCAGCGCCUUUAUACGUGCCAUCGUCUCCUCACCAGAGGUCAUCUCCAAGUAUGAGAAGGCCCUUCUGCGUGGUUAUGUGGAGAGCUGUUCCAACCUGACCUGGUGCACCAACCCCCAGGGCUGCGACCGCAUUCUCUGCCGCCAAGGCCUAGGCUGUGGGACCACCUGCUCCAAGUGUGGCUGGGCCUCCUGCUUCAACUGUAGCUUCCCUGAGGCACACUACCCUGCCAGCUGUGGCCACAUGUCUCAGUGGGUUGAUGAUGGUGGUUACUAUGACGGCAUGAGUGUGGAGGCCCAGAGCAAGCACCUGGCCAAGCUCAUCUCCAAACGCUGUCCCAGCUGUCAGGCUCCCAUUGAGAAGAACGAGGGGUGCCUGCACAUGACCUGUGCCAAAUGUAACCAUGGAUUCUGCUGGCGCUGCCUCAAGUCCUGGAAGCCAAAUCACAAAGACUAUUACAACUGCUCUGCCAUGGUAAGCAAAGCAGCUCGCCAGGAGAAGAGGUUUCAGGACUAUAAUGAACGGUGUACUUUCCAUCACCAGGCACGGGAAUUUGCUGUGAACUUGCGGAACCGAGUCUCUGCCAUCCAUGAGGUGCCCCCACCCAGAUCCUUCACAUUCCUCAGUGAUGCCUGCCGGGGCCUUGAGCAGGCUCGAAAGGUGCUGGCCUAUGCCUGUGUAUACAGCUUCUACAGCCAGGACACAGAGUACAUGGAUGUGGUGGAGCAGCAGACAGAGAGCCUGGAGCUGCACACCAAUGCCCUGCAGAUCCUCCUUGAGGAGACCCUGCUGCGUUGCCAAGACCUGGCCUCUUCUCUGCGCCUCUUGCGGACUGACUGUCUCAACACAGGCAUGGAGCUGCUGCGGCGGAUCCAGGAGAGGCUGUUAGCCAUCCUGCAGCAUUCCACCCAGGAUUUCCGAGUUGGUCUUCAGAGUCCAUCAGUAGAGGCCCGGGAGGCAAGAGGAUCCAACGUACCUGACAAUCAGCCCCAGGAUUCCUCUGGGCUGGAGGCAGAGGAUGAGGAGGAAGAGGAUGAGGAGGAAGAUGAUGAGGAUGAUGUGCCCGAGUGGCAGCAAGAUGAGUUUGAUGAGGAGCUGGACAAUGACAGCCUUUUCUACGAUGAGGAAUCUGAAAAUCUGGACCGAGAGACUUUCUUCUUUGGUGAUGAGGAGGAUGAUGAUGAAGCCUAUGACUGAGGGGCAGGAUGCAGGAAACUGCUGGAGUUGCCCCACCAGAAUCAUGGGGCUGUGGGGAUGGGGAGUUCACCGCUUCCCACCAUUGUGAGGAGGGGAUCCCCAGUGUCUGCAGCACCCUCUUCUGUUUACUGAAUAAAACUUUUUUUCACAAACUUC